CUGACCUGAAAUGUAUAAAAAUGAAAAACCGGCCGGUUUUUACGCAUGACUGAACUAAACUAGACGCUGGGAUUUCGGCUCCAGCGCGGAUAAGCAUCCAUCCAUUCAGCGCCUGCCUGUGCACAGGCUGCGCACCACAUCACUCUGAAGCCCGAGGACGAGCGGCUGGUCGCCGACAUGGCUAAAGAAGGAGCAGACAUGACGGAGGAAACCGAGUACAUGAUAGACAAAAACAACGGCAAGGAGGCGGAGAGCGCGGACGCGUCCGGCGACGCCAAGGAGAUGCGAGCGGUGAUGCUGGCGGGUUUCGGGGGUCUCAACAAACUCAGGGUGACCAAGAAGGCAAUGCCCGAGCCCCAGGAGGGCGAAGUGAAGAUCCGCGUCAAAGCCUGUGGCUUGAAUUUCCUGGACCUGAUGGUACGUCAGGGGACCAUCGAUAAUCCUCCAAAACCUCCUCUUGUGCCUGGCUUUGAAUGCGCUGGAAUAAUAGAGUCAGUGGGUGAAAAGACAAAGGGCUUUGAGAUAGGUGACAGAGUUAUGGCUUUUGUCAAUUACAAUGCCUGGGCAGAAGUGGUUUGCACACCAGUGGAUUUUGUCUACAAGAUGCCCGAGGACAUGACUUUUGCGGAGGCUGCCGCCUUCUGCCUCAACUUUGUGGCUGCCUAUAUGAUGCUCUUUGAGGUUGCCAAUCUGCGGGAGGGGAUGUCAGUGCUGGUCCACUCAGCUGGAGGUGGUGUAGGUCAAGCUGUGGCUCAGCUGUGCGCCACCGUACCUAAUGUCACCGUGUUUGGGAUCGCCUCCUGCUUCAAACACGCAGCCAUCAGAGACUCCGUGACUCACCUGUUUGACCGAAAUGUGGAUUAUGUACAAGAAGUCAAAAAGAUUUCUCCGCAGGGGGUGGACAUCCUGCUGGACUGUCUGUGUGGUGAGAACACAGGGAAAGGUCUGAGUCUGCUCAAACCACUGGGAGUCUAUGUCCUCUACGGCGCAUCAAACAUGGUCACAGGGGAAACAAAGAGUUUCUUCAGCUUUGCAAAAUCUUGGUGGCAGGUGGAGAAGGUGAACCCUAUAAAAUUAUACGAGGAGAACAAGGUCAUAGCUGGAUUCUCGCUGCUCAACCUCCUCUUCAAGCAAGGGAAGUGCAGUCUGGUGAAAUCAGUGAUGGACAAACUCAUGUGUCUCUACAAAGACAAAAAGAUCAAGCCGGUCGUGGACUCGCUGUGGGCCCUGGAGGAGGUAAAAGAGGCAAUGCAGAGAAUUCAUGACAGAGGCAACAUAGGAAAACUCAUCCUGGAUGUGGAGAAGGCUCCCACCCCUUUGAUGGCCAGUGACAGCACAGAGACCAGUGAAGCAGGAGAGGAAGAGGAGGAGCCCGAGGGGGACAACGACAGCAAGGAGCGAAUGCCUUUCAUCCACUAGACCCAGCAGGUUCCCCUGCAACGUGCCUAGAGACUGGAGGGGCUGCACAGACUCACCACAGGAGGCACGCAUCCACAGACACAUGUUGUGCAAGAUGUUUGUAUGCAUGUGUCUCAUGCACAUAUGCAUGAAUGUAUGUAUGUGUGUACAGUGAGUCUGUGCCUCUAGUCUGUAACCUGUUAUUAUUGUAUUUGUUAGGGUUGUCAAGCAAAGGUUGUUGAAACACGGGCAGUAAUGCUAUUGUUAUUUUCUACACUGUAUCAUGAGGCAAUGUUAGCCAGGCUAUGAUAUGAAUAGACAUGUAAAGCUUAAAAUUAGAUAUAUUAAACAUUUAAAAUCGUCUGUAUACACAUCAGAAGCGUAACAUGCAGGUUAAUUCACACUUGUCCUGCACUGACGCGCACAUCGUAGGUUUAAGAAAACGUCCCCAGUGUUUGGAUGCUCCUGACCAGCAGAGCGGCUCACGUUCUCCUGUCUCGCUCUAAUAGUCCCUAAAACCAGGGGGGUCAGACCCACCUCUGUGUAUUUGCAUGAGAUUCAAUUCUAACAAUUCACAAUUCUCACCAGUGCCUUUGAGCUGACGUAAAAGUUCAGGAUGUGAAUGAAUGCGUCUCCAUGGUAGACAGCAUGUUUUCCCAUUAAACUGUACAGAUAGGUGAUACACAGUCGUCACAUUCACAAAGAAAUAACAUGUCUGAGCUUCAAGGCGUCAAAUUCAAGUACCCCCGAAUAAAUGUAAAUACUAAACAAAGUAAUAAGUCUUUUCCUGGGUCAUACAGGUGAUGUAUUCAGUCUGUAUAGUCUGAUGUGUGAUUAGUCUCUGCUCUGCUUGAUCUACCAAAGCUGUUUACCGUUCUUGCUGGUGCCUCACAUCAAAAGUGCCAUAAGACUCCAAGAUAAAAUAUUUUUACAAUGAGGAGGUGCAGGAGGUCAAUAUAGGAAGGAUUGAGCAACACUGUGUUUUACUGUAUGUGCUUUAUUCCAAGUCUGUGAUUUAAAAUUGAAGCAAACUGGCUUCUACCUAGUUUUCAUUGUCUGCUCUGUUUGGCCUUGCUUAUUCAACGUGUCUGCUAGUCAUCUAAGGUGUGCUUCACUCUGCCGUAGAGUUAGCACCAAAAGUGUUUAGCAGCAGCAGAAUCAGACUGGAAUGAAGGCUGUGUGCUUUGAAGCUAAUCGAUAAAAAGCAGAAAAGAUUCUUUUAAUGGAUGUUUUAAACUGAUGAGUCAUUUUAAUAAUAAUGAAUAGUUUUGAUGCCUUCAGUGUGUGUGUGUGUGUGUGUGUGUGUGUGUGUGUGUGUGUGUGUGUGUUUUCCUGUACGUAUAUUUUUGUCACAUUUUGUUGUGUACUUUCUUGGAGUACAGAUCUGUUUACUUGAAUGAAUUCAGCGGCAAAGAUGUGUCGUAUCCCAGGUUGUGCAGAUGUAUUGUUUUCUGAAAUACAAUCAUGACUAAAUCUUUGAA